UCAACCAGCCCUAGCAACGGCAUUACCACUCCCCGGCCUACCCAGCCGGGAAUGGUUGGUAACUGUGAUCGGUUCUACUUCGUCGAGGUGGACGAUUCUUGCGCCAGUAUUGCGUCGAAGCACGGUAUCUCGCCCAUCCAGUUCAUCACCUGGAACCCCAAUGUUGACGGUGCCAGCUGCUCAGGCCUUCGGGCCAACGCCUGCAUAUGCGUCCGAGUUAUC